CUUCCGAGUCCGAACCAUCUUGUUAGCUGAUUGCUCAUCACCAAGAACCGAAAAGAAUUGAGUCUUGAUGAUUGAAGACAUCUCCGAAGCUCCUAAUAUUUCCCUCAUCUUAAUCGGACAAUCGCUAUACUUAUCAAUCAGACUUCACUGUCUGCUUGUGACACCGAGUUGUCCCGGAGCGAAUCACGUGACGUGCACUCCGCCCACAACAAUUUCAGCAAACCAAACCAACCCGUGACUGCCUGGCCAGGGCUUUGGCAACGAUUUCUUCACGAGGCGAAAAUCCAAUCUCUGGACAGUGCCAGCCAAGUCGCCAGCAACUCUCACGCUGCGCCGGCGUACUCUUGUUGCCCAUCAUGCCUCCCCCACCGCACCAGAAACCCGAAAAUGUCUUGAAGCGAGCCCACGAGCUUAUCGGGGUCAACCAGGCCCCGGCGGGCCUUACCCUGCUGCACGAGCACGUCACAUCGAAGAGGUCUCGCAAUGUCCCGAUCACGUCGCUGGAGCCCGUCAUGCUCCUGCUCGUUGAGCUGGCGGUUGAGCAAAAGAAGGGGAAACUCGCCAAGGACGCUCUGUACCAGUACAAGAACAUCGCCCAGAACACGAAUGUUGGCACAAUAGAGCUCGUUUUGAAGAAGUUCAUCGAGUUGGCCACCGAAAAGGUCACGGUCGCCCAACAAAAGGCCGAGGAAGUCCAGUCCAGUAUCGAAGCCACCGCGGCCGCCGGGUCUGCGAGCGUUGAGGAUCUCGAGGCUAGCGAGACCCCCGAAUCCAUCCUCCUGGCCACCGUCUCUGGCGAGCAGUCCAAGGAUCGUACCGACCGCGCCAUCGUCACUCCGUGGCUGAAGUUCCUCUGGGAAGCAUAUCGGACCGUUCUCGACAUCCUGCGCAACAAUGCCAGACUUGAAAUCCUGUACCAGAGCACCGCAAUGCAGGCCUUCGACUUCUGCCUCAAGUACACCCGCAAGACCGAGUUCCGCCGCCUCUGCGAACUUCUCCGGAACCAUGUCCAAACCGCUGCCAAGUACUCGGCUCAGAUGCAUGCUAUUAACCUGAAUGAUCCGGACACCCUGCAGCGCCACUUGGAGACCCGCUUCCAGCAGCUGAAUGUCGCUGUCGAGUUGGAGCUCUGGCAGGAGGCUUUCCGCUCGGUUGAGGACAUCCACACCUUGCUGAGCCUGAGCAAGCGCCCGCCCAAGAACAUCAUGAUGGCGAACUACUAUGAAAAGCUUACCCGGAUCUUCCUGGUUGGAGAAAACUACCUUUUCCAUGCUGCCGCCUGGGCGCGGUACUACAACCUGCUGCGCCAGUCCGCCGCCAUGGUUGCCACUGGCCAGAGCAAGAAGUCCGACAACCCGCCUGCAAGCGAGGCUGACCUGCAGAAGGCUGCCACCUUCGUCGUCCUCUCGGCUCUGUCGAUCCCGGUGAUCAGCACAUCGCGUUCGCGCGGUGCAAUGGUCGACUUCGACGAGGCGAAGAAGAACAAGAACUCGCGCCUGACUCACCUCCUCGGCAUGUCGCAAGCCCCCACCCGCGCCAGCCUCUUCCGUGACGUUCUGUCCAAGGCCCUACUGCGCCGCGCUCGUCCUCAGAUCCGGGAUUUGUACAACAUCCUUGAGGUUGACUUCCACCCUCUGUCGAUUUGCCAGAAAAUCUCCCCGAUUCUGGCUGAAAUUGGUGCCGAUGACGAGAUGCAAAAGUAUAUUGCUCCAUUGCAGCAGGUUAUUCUCACCCGGCUGUUCCAGCAGCUCUCUCAGGUGUACGAGACGGUCGACCUCGAGUUUGUGCAGAGCCUCGCACAAUUCCCUGAGCCCUUCCAGGUCACCCGCGGCACUAUCGAGAAGUUCAUCAUGAACGGCAACAAGAAAGGUGACCUCGCCAUCCGCAUGGACCAUGCCACAGGCGUUCUGAGCUUCGACGUCGACGUCUUCUCUUCGGCGAAAGCCGUUCACGCGGGCUCGGCUGCCGGUUCUGCCGAGAGUGAAACCGGCUCCGUGCAGCGUCUCCAGAGCACACCGUCUCAAAUCGUCCGCUCACAGCUCACGCGCCUUGCCGAGGUGUUGUAUACGACUUGCCGGUAUAUCGAUCCCUCUCUCAACGAGGCGCAGAUCAAGGCUCGCGAUGCUGCUUACGCUCGUGCCAAGUCCGGUGCAGAGAAGGAACAUCUCGAGAUCUUGGCCAGGAAGGAGAUCAUCCAAAAGCGCAAGGACAAGGCUUCGGAGAUCCAGGCUCAGAAGGAGAAGGAGAACGCACGGAAGAAGAUGCUUCAGGAACAGGCGCUCCAGCAAGCCGAAGCUCAGCGCUUGGCCGAGGAGCAGAAAAUUCGGGAGCAGAAACGGCUUGCUGCUGAGAGAGAGCAGAUCAAGAAGAAGGAGGUUGAGGGUAUGCUGAAGGAUUUGAAGCUUGACGACGUCGAUCUUGAAGAUCUCGAAAACCUCGACAGCAACAGGAUUCGCAUGAUCAAGCUUCAGCAGCUCGAGCGGGAGAAGAACACCAUUGCUGAGAAGCUCCGCAUCACCGGCAAACGCCUUGACCAUUUGGAGCGUGCUUUCAGGAAGGAGGAAGCCAAGAAGCUUCCCGAGGACCACGCCAAACAGCGUGAGCGUGACCUUGCUGCUUACGAGCUGAUCAAGGCCCAGACCCUCAAGGAAGCCGAGCUGAAGCACAAGGCGGACCUGGAGCUGAAGCACCGCCUGACCCGUUUGAUGCCCUUCUACGAGUCCUUCCGGUCCGAGCUGCACGAGCGCCGCCGCGACAUGUUCGAGAAGCGCCGCCGUGACGCCGAGCGCGAACUUGAGAAGCAAGUUAACCUCCGGAGAAAGGAGUACCGCGAGCGGAAGCUGCGCGAGAAGCGCGAGCGCGAAGAGAGGGAGCGUGCCCUGCGGGAAGCCGAAGAGCGCGCCGAGAGGGAAAAGGAGGAAGAGAGGAAGCGACAAGAGGCUCGCAAGGAGGAGCUUGCCAGGCUCCGGGAAGAGCGCGAGAAGGAGCGCGAGAGGGCAAAGGAAGCACAGGCCCGCCAGCAACAGCGCGAGGAGGAAGCCAUGGCCAGGCGCAGGGCCGAGAAGGCUGCCGCGGCCGCUAUGCCCAUCCGGGAGCGCCCCGAGCCGAUCGCCGCUGCCGCCGGUGGUCCGCCUCGUAUCGCCCUCGCCGGCAACAAGCCCAGCUGGAGAGAGCGCGAGGCGGCCAAGGCGGCUGCUGCUGCUUCUGGCCAGGCGCCAUCAGACAAUGCUCCGCCCCCGGCACGCGCGGCUCCUCCGAUGGAGCGUGCCGACUCCGGCGACAGGCCUGCCGCUGGCCCUCCGCGUUUGCCGCUCGUCAACAAGACCGGCAGCAGCUGGCGCGAGAGGGAAGCCGCUAAGGCCGCUGCCGGUGGUGCCGCGCCGCCUCCGGACCGUGCUGGUCCUCCGCCGCCCAGGGUCGCCUCUGGCCGUGGUGUGCCCAUGGAUCGGGCUGGCUCGGGACGUGGCGGCGACCGGGAGGACAACGGCCCCGCGCCGGAGCCUCUCAAGGCCAGCGGUGCUCCUGGCAAGUAUGUGCCCAAGUGGCGUCGGGAAGGCGGUGGUAAUUAGGAGAUCCGAGGAGAUGAUGACCGAAAAUUUGGAGCGAAACAGGAUCAGCAAGGAAUGGAGGUGUUCCCUUUUCACUCGUUGAUAGGAAUUGUUCAUGAUGCGCCCGAGCAUACAACAAGCAGGUGGAUUUGAUUUUUUCUUCCUCGGUUUGGGGAAUGAGCUCUCUCUCUAUGUGUUCUCUCUCGGUUCACGGGACGCUGCGUUUGGUAGCAUGUUAGAGUAGCAUCAUGCCGUUACGUCUCGUUUACGUGAGGUCGCGCUAAUACGGGGGACAUUGGGCAGGGCAUGAAGUCAGGCAAGGCAGGCAUGUAGUUGAGAAUGGAACAACAAAUGGUUGCCGUUGUAUCUGUUUUUUGAAGAGUGUUGAUGCUGUGCCUAUUAUCUUCUUUGGGUGGUGAGGAGAUAUGUUGUGGUGAUGCUUUGGUAUAGGUCAAGUUAAGGUGUGUUCGU